AUGAAGGAAGUCCGGCAGGUCACCGAUUCAGCUGGGUUCACGCUGAGGAAGUGGAACUCGAACUGCCCAGAGCUGCUCAAGCGGCUCCCGAAGCACCUGAAGGACGAACGCAGCACGCUCGAGAUCGAUCCUGCGAAAACAACGGUGAAGACGCUGGGAUUACGAUGGGAGGUGUCAACCGACAUGUUCUGCUUCGUUCUCCCACAAUGGAAGUCGGAACUGUCCCCCAUCACGAAGCGCACGGUCCACUCGGACUCUGCGAUGCUGUUUGAUCCCGAUGGUUUCUUGGCUCCGGUGGUCGUUCAAGCAAAAAUUAUCUGCCAACAGCUGUGGAGGAUAAAGAGCGACUGGGAUGUACCGCUCGACGAAUCGCUGCAGCAGCUGUGGAGAGACUAUCGUAUGAGUUUGAUGGCGGUCGCAACGAUUAAAAUGCCGCGCUGGAUUGGGUUCAGCACCGAUUGCGUUGAGAUCCAGAUCCACGGUUUCUGUGACGCCUCAGAGCGAGCUUACGGUGCCGGCCUCUACCUCCGAUGCACUGCGCUUGACGGUUCCGUCACGUGUCGACUGUUCUUGGCCAAGUCCAAGGUAGCUCCGAUGGAGAACCUGAAGCGCAAGAAGAAAAAGGUCAACAUUCCACGCUUGGAGUUGUCGUCUGGUUUGUUGUUGUCCCACAUGUACGAGAAGGUGCAGUCGAUUCUACCAGCUGCACAGUUGUUCUGCUGGACGGACUCGAUGAUCACGCUUGGAUGGCUUGCGUCACCCCGUCACGUUGGAAGCCAGAAUCCCGCAGAUAUCAUCUCGCGAGGAAUGUCGCCGGCGCUACUACAGUACCGAACUGACUUCUACGAAGCGCCGCGCUGGGUCGUUCAAGAUCGGGAGAAUUGGCCACGAACACAACGUGUGUCCUUGGCGGACUUUGACCCAGAAAUACUGGAAGAACGUGUCACCCCAGCAUUUCCCACUCAAGUGCGACCUCCGCACUGGUUGUUUGGACUGUGUGGCUCGUACAUGGAGUUGGUACGCUUGGUGACUUGGCUGCAAAGGUCCAAGUUCAACCUUUCACCGAAGAAUCGAGCUGUUAGGAGAGUUGGAUUCCUGAAAUCCGAAGAAUUAGAAGAAGCUGUGCUGUUUUUGGUUCGACUGUCGCAAGAAGAAUGUUUCCCUGGAGAAAUGCAUUGCCUGAAGGCCGAUGGUGUGGUCCACCCAACGUCGAAGAUUGCACGCUUCAACCCACAACUGGUGGAUGGCGUCAUGCGAGUCGGUGGUCGUCUCUCGAACGCGAAGAUCUCGACCAACCGGAAGCACCCCCUCAUUCUGGACCAUCACCAUCCGUUCACUCGACUGGUAGUGAUGUACUUCCACGAAAGACUGUUUCACGCAGGGCAACAGCUGCUCAUCGCUAGCGUCCGCUCGAAGUUCUGGCCUGUCAACGUCCACAGCCUAGCAAGACAGGUCAUCCACGAAUGCAUCAGUUGCUUCAAAAGUAAGCCGAAGGUGAUCGAGCAGAUUAUGGCGGAUCUGCCUGCUGAACGAGUGAAUCCAGCUCCGCCGUUCCUCCACGUGGGCGUGGACUACUGUGGCCCAUUCCUCGUCAGCUACCCGAAUCGCAGGGCGAAGCCUGUGAAGUGCUACGUGGCCGUAUUUGUGUGUCUCGCUGUGAAGGCUGUCCAUCUGGAACUAGUCUUCGACCUGACGUCCCAGGCAUUCAUCGCAGCAUUGAGAAGGUUCGUGGCACGCCGCGGCAAACCGCUGCAGAUCAAGUGCGACAACGCCACCACGUUCGUCGGAGCGAAGAACGACCUGAUGGAGCUGCACCGGCUGUUCUACAAGCAGCAGUUCCAGGAUGUCGUCACGAAGACCGCGCUGGAAGAUGGGAUCGAGUUUAGUUUCAUUCCACCACGCUCACCGAACUUUGGCGGCCUGUGGGAGUCGCAGGUCAAGUCGUUCAAAACUCACCUGAAGAAGACAUUCGGACUGCAAGUACUCAAGAUGGACGAGAUGCUAACUGCCCUAGCGCAGAUCGAAGCUGUGCUCAACUCGAGACCGUUGACGCCGAUCAGUAACGACCCGCAGGACUUUGAAGCGCUAACGCCCGGGCAUUUCCUGAUCCAGCGUCCCCUCACGGCCAUCGCAGAGCCAGAUUUGGAAGGAGUGCCACAAAACCGCUUGGCAAUGUGGCAAAACGCGCAGCGUUUCACGCAGCAACUUUGGAAGAAGUGGAGUACGCAGUACCUGUCCAACCUCCGAAGUGGACGAAGGAGCGAAACAACGUCGCCGUUGGUACGAUGGUGCUGA